ACUAGGGAUCGAAAUAGAUUUUCAAGCCAUCAUAAGGUAUUCAAUGCUACAAGUACAUCUACUAGCAAAAUUUAGAGGUAUACCUUAUUUUGCAAUAUGAGGAGGGCGCCCUAUGUACAAAGCUUUCCUAGUUCCCAAUGGUGCUGACAUUUAAAUGUAAAAAUAUAUUAUGAGAAAUAGAUCAAAAUCCUAUAAGAGAUGAUCUAUUUAAUAUUUUACCCAUUGACAAUUAUUACUGAUAAUGCUCAGAGAGGCAGACAAAACUCUCGUGUGUAUUUCAUUAACAGAGAGAAGAGAAAAAUACAAAAGGUUGUUAUAUAUGACAAAUGGCACAUACUUAUCUAAAUGGAAAGUUUAUAAGAAAUAUACAAAGAUCAAAUUUGUACAUAUCUCAAGGAAUAUGUUCCAUAUCUUUUAACACCUCCUUUCAAACUCAAGGUGCAUUUAAAGAGCGCAGUUGGAGUUUGGAUAAUAAGUAGUGAAAAUGCAUUGUGGUAUGGGUCUUGGUGAGAAGAUCGGCUACGUGGUCUGUUGAGGGAACAAAUGAAGAUAUAAUAGUCCCUUGUAAAAUAUGAUGAUGAGCAAAAUGACAAUCAAUUUCAAUGUGCUUGGUUUACUCAUGAAAUACAUCAUUGUGAGCUAAUUGAGUAGCAAUUUUAUUAUUACAAAAAAUAGGCUAGGGACUUGGGUGAGAGAGUAACCAUUGCAACCAGAUAAUCUCAGAGGUAGUAUGAGCAAGUGCAUGGUAUUUAGCUUUGGCACUGAAUCGAAUAACUACUUUUUUUUUUUACUUUUUCAGAAGAUAAGGGAGUCAUCAAGAAAAAUAAGAAAUCUGAUCAGUAACAUCACCUGUCCAAUCAAACAUCGAAUAAGCUCACAAUUCUAGUCUAGAAGUGGCUGGAGAAAAGAAGACCCUGAAAUAAAGUGCCAUGAAGAUAUCGCAAGAACUAAAAUACAAUAGCAUAGUGAGUAAAACAAGGUGUAAACAUGAACUGAUUGAGAAUAUGAACGACAUGACUGAUAUCACAGCAAGUAACUAUUAAAUAGUUGAGCCUACCAACCAGUUGCUGAUACCGUGUAGGAUCAGAUAGAAGUUCACUAUCAAUUGGCUGCAGUUUAACAUUGAGCUCUAGUGGAGUAUCCACGGUUUUAGUGUCUGUUAAACUUGCUUUACGAAGAAUUUCAGGUGCAUACUUGACUAGAGAAGAGUCUACCUCUAUUCCCAAAAGAUAGCGGAGCCGACCAAGACCCUUCAUUUCAGAAGUGUUACUAAGGUGAAGUUGGAUGUUGCGAAUCUUAGCAGGAUUGUUGCCAAUGACAAUCAUAUCAUCAAACAUAAUAGUAAUAGAACAAGACCCUUAGACAAGCUUCAAGAUCAAGAUUUGCUUAUUGCUGAAGAUUCACCUUUCGAGUUAAUCUUGCUCUGAUAUCGUGAUAAUGCUCAAAGAGACAUAGAAACUGUCAUGUGUGUUUCAUUAAAAGAGAGGAUAAAAAUACAAGAGGUUGUUCUAUAUGAGAAAAUUAUGUAUGAUGGCUCUAAAAUCAAUUUCGAAUGGCAACAAUAAAAUUUAAAAUACAAAAAAUGUAUAUUCUCAACCAUAAUGUUGAUUGAAGCUGAGAUGGUGGAUGUAAAUUUUGGUGGGACUUUUUAAUGAGUUAUAAAGUGAGGCUUUACUUAUUUUGAUAGGGCUGCAGCUCUAUCAAACCAUUUCCCGUAGUUAAAUCCCUACUUUCUGGCCCCCGACUAGAUUCAAAUUCCAACGGUCAUAUUUUCAAAGAAAUGCCAUCGAGUUAAGGCUCAUAUAAAGCGACCAAAAACCCUAAUUCCAGAUUCUAGGGCAAGAAUUAUCGUGGUGACAAUGAGGAAGAAGAACAAAGGAAGAGUAUCUGAAACCCCAAUAUCUGGUCCCCCCGAAACCCUAAUACAGGAGAAGCAUGGCUUUUUCGCUUGCUAUUUGCUCUGUUCUUUGAGCCCAAGGCACAAAGGCCACACAUAUAUCGGGUUUACCAUUAAUCCUCGUCGUCGAAUACGCCAACAUAAUGGUGAGAUAGGAUGUGGAGCUUGGAGGACAAAGAGGAAGAGGCCAUGGGAAAUGGUCUUGUGUAUAUAUGGGUUCCCUUCAAAUGUUUCAGCUUUACAGUUUGAAUGGGCUUGGCAGCACCCUACAGAGUCCUUAGCUGUAAUAGGUGCAGCUGCAUCACUCAAGACUCUCUCAGGCGUGGCUGGCAAGGUUAAGCUAGCUUACACAAUGCUCACACUACCUGCUUGGCACAGCUUAAACCUCACAGUGAACUUCUUCUCAACGAAGUACCUCAGCUACAGUGCCGGCCACCCAACAUUGCCUGAACAAAUGAAUGUCCUCGUUCGUUCCAUGGAUGAACUACCAUGCUACUUGGAAGGUUGGGUACUAGAUGACGAUAAUGAUGAUGAUGAAGGCAGUCAUGGGCAUGGUCAUGUUCAUAUUCACUAUGAUGCUUCUGAUCUUGAUAAUAAUAAGCAUAGCAUAAAUGACUUAUUAGUUGGCAAUAAAAGGAAAAAGAAUCACAAAGGAACUUUGAAGGAUGUUCAUCCUCGUUGUGAGGAUGGUGUUCACUAUGAUGGUAUUCAAGAUCAUUGUGAUGGUCAGUUUGGAAUAAAUGAUACACCAAUUCAGGGUGGGGAUGUUAUAAAGACUCUUAGAGGAACCUUGAGUGAUGAUGAUGCUCAUUGUGACGAUGGUGUUCAGAAUGGUAGUCAUGAAGAUGAUGAUGCUCACUGUGACGAUGGUGUUCAAAAUGGUAGUCAUGAAGAUGAUGAUGAUAAUUUCUAUGAUAGCCAUCAUAAUGAUCCGUUCAGAAUAAAUAAGACACCAAUUUGGGGCGGGAAUGUGAUCAGGAAUUUUAGAGGAGCUUUGAAAGAUAAUGAUCAUGGUGUUCACGGUGGUGGGACUUACGGAAUGGGAAAUUCACCUGAAGCGGCUUUGAAGAAAGCAUCUGGAAGAAAUAAAGGUGGUGAGUUGAAACAUUUGAUGGAUUUAUCUCCAUUUAGAAGAACAUCUCAACUGGAGAUGGGUGAGACCAUAGACUUGGUUGACUUAUCACCAUUAGGAAAUAUGCCUUUGCGGAAUGCAUGUGGAAGGAAUGAAGAGUGUGAAUUGAAACAGUUGGACUUUUUAAGUCCGUUGAGCCAUAAAACAUCUCCACUCGAGAUGGGUGCGACUAUUAACUUGACGCCAUUAAGUUGUACGAUUAGUUCUUGCACCAAACAAUCAUCACGUAUUGCUGGUUCCCUUCACCCAGAAAUCAUUGAUUUAACUGAUUCACCACUCAUUAUACAAUUGUAAAUAAUAAGGUGUUUGGUUAUUUAGUGUCUUCAUGUCAUUCAUUCACUUUUUUUCUUCUCUUUCA